AUGUGGUGUACUUAUCACUUUGAAUUGCUUAAUAUUAAAUAUAACUUUCGUCAGAAAAAAUGGAUCCAGGGAUUGAGGAAGUAUAAUUUUGGAUUUAUAAAUAAUCAUACCUUAUGCAUAAAAUGUGGUCCAGCAAUUAAAUUUCAAGAUAUUUUAACCAAUGAAACUCAAAUUAUUGAGUUAUCUACAAAACAUCAAACUGAUUUAUCUAUUCACCCUUUGGGAUCUUAUUAUGCUAUAACAGAAAUAAACAAUGUCAACCCAAGGAUUUAUAUCUAUAAUUAUCCACAUAAUGAGGCAAAGAUUUUAAACGGAGCUGGAAACCUGGAAAUUCAACAGUCAAUUUUCUCAUAUUCUACAUAUUAUGCUGCAGUUUCUGGUGUACCUGAUUUUAUUUUAUCAGUAUGGGAUUUCUGCACAGGAGAUUUAAUUUGUAAAACUAAUUUAAAUGGAUGUCAUUUAACAACAUUCAGUUUUUGUCCAACUGACUGGCGUUAUUUAGUUGGUACAGAUCGUCGUUGUAUUCAUGUCUGGCAAAUUGAAACAUGCGGAGAGAUGAGUUUAAUUCGAUGCAAUUCUUUGAUACUACCAGAACGUUCUGCAAGUCUCGGAAUGUACAGUGGAUUGCAUAGUAGUGCUAUCAGUGGUGAAGACACAACUAGUGCACACUGUGAAACAAGAUUCGACCCUAAACUGACAGAAUCAUCUAUAACAGGUCUUACUGAGAACGGAAAAGAAGAAUUUGAUGAUUAUAUUGAUAAGUCUGUUCGAGUGCAUUGUGUUUCACAAGCUUGGACCAACUCAGAAUUAGUUUUUAUUGGUUGUGAAUCAGGUCAGCUAUUAUUGUUCGAUCCGAUUAGUCACAAUAUGAAGAUCUUACGAAAUCCCUUUUCUCAUUCUAAAACUCAUACAGCUUUCGAUAGUUCACUUGGAAAACCUUUCAGUGAGAGUGAAACGAAUUCAAUAGAUUUUUCAUUGGAUAAAACAGAUGAAAAGAUAAUCAGUUUACCUGUUCGGUGUUUAACUCACUUGUUGUACACAAGGUAUGGUAUAUUAGCCGGUGGUCGUGAUGGUAUACUCCGAUUGAUAACCUUCAAUACUAAUCAUAAGACAACAAGUAAUACCAGUAAAAUAAUAAUUCCUCCUAGUAAAAAUGAAAAUCAAUCUUCUAUGCUAAAUAAUAAUGAGCGUCUGUUGAAUACUGAAAUUGUGCACUGUAUAAAUCUGUAUGAAUUUGAAAAUCCAAUGCAAAAAGGUCAAUUCAGCUGGGCUACAAAUAUUACAAAUUUGUGUGUAACACCAUCAUAUGAAAGAAUUGCAAUUAGCUCUAGACUAGGCCAUUUGAAUGUAUUCACUCUGCAAGAUACACCAGAGUUGUCUACGCUUACUUUGGAUCUGCAAAUAUUUACUAAUCCUGAUCGAUUCAUUGGGAUGGGAUUGUUUAAAGUUGGCAAUAGAACAUAUUGUGUUACUGCAAGAAAUACAGGCAUUAUUAACUGUUGGGAUUGUGAAACAGGUGAAUUAAUUGGUUAUCUGUUUCUUAAUGACCGAUGUCACUGUUUAUCAGUUUCACCUGUGUUGCCUUUGGCUGUAACUGGUAUGAACAGUGGUACAAUUAUGUUUAUUGAUUGUACAAUUCCUACUUCACCUAGAAUUGUCAAAGUAACUCGACUAUAUAGGAAACCGUUAACGCAUAUUUGCUUUGAUCCUAAUGGUGAAUAUUUAACUACGGCAGUUGAUGAUGGACCAAGUAUCGUGAUAUCUGCACUACCUACCAACUCAUUUGAACCAAUAGCUCAUGUGUCAUUCACUGGUAAAAUGAACAGUUUGAGUAUGAUUCGAUCAAAAGAUUCAGAAAUGAUAUUCAUCCUUCUUGCUGUUGGUAACGAAACUGGUAAAGUUGCUGAAGCAGUAUAUCACUAUGAAUUGCCAAGUAACUUUGAGAACGAUCCACAAAAAUAUUUACAAGAUGAUUGCCGAAAACUAAAAGAAGAUGUCAUCAAGCUUUGUAAAUUUCAGUUAGAUCAACCAAAGACUGGUGUUUGCUUUUGGCCAUCUUUUGAAUUGAUUGAGUCGAAUAAUCCACUACUGAUUGCAGCUGAUCCCCUAAAUCAUACACUAGAAUUAUUUAAAAUAACAGAAAAACAAAAGGAAGAAAAUUUAGCUUAUAUCAAACCAUCAUUUGGUUUUACUGUUCUUUGUUCAACACAAAAUAUCAAAUUUGCACGAGAUUUGAGCAAUGAUUUGCUGCUAGCCUAUUCUGUUGAUGGUUCAGUUCAAGUAAUAAGCAUGAAUCCAAAUGUUACACUACUCCAUUGUGUAAAUAUUCAUGAAUGUAAUUCAGGCGGAGUAAUAGCUGCAGAAUUCUACAAGAAUUUAAACACUCUAAUCACAUGUGGCAGUGAUGGUUUACUUACUAAAAUCAAAUUAAAUGGAAAAGAUUCUACAUGCUCCAAGACUUCAACAUCUGCAAACUUAAAGUCAUUAUCUGAACAAUUGACCUCACUGAAAGGAAUGACAGACUAUAAGGUAACAACACUCAGUCGAGCAUCUUCAAAUGUUAACAAUGUUAUCAGUGGUCAAAAUCUACCUACAAUGAUGAUUCGAUCAAGUACAGCUAUGACACUAGAUGAACAACCAAUGUUUACAGAAGAUAUCACUGGAACGGAAUCAGAAAUUUUCUCCAGUUAUAUAGACAAUAUUGAUCCACAUGUCAAUACAUGGAUAGAACAAUGUCAGAUAGAUGUGCAGACUACUGAAGAUCUAGCCUAUAAAGAUACUAAGAUACAUAUUCUUAAUGAAUUAAAUAAUAUAAGGAAAACAGUGAAUGCAAUGGUCGACGAAAAUGAAAAUCUUCCUGAAAUGCAACGCAUUGGUAGACUAGAAUUUGAGUUGGAUUCUGAAGAACAAAGCGCAAUAUUGGAUAAAACGAAAGAAACUGUUGCAAAGUUACGAGAAGAAAUACACUUAAAAGACUUAGGAAAACAAUUUGUCUGGCAGGCUAUUAAACGUGAAUGCUGGGAUGAUAUGUGUGUUAAAGGGAGAUGUUUAAAGGCAUUCAAUUUACCAAUCACAGUAACCAAUUAUCCAUUGAAACAUUUAACAAGCAAUGAUAAACGAUCAUUUGCUACAGUUACAGCUCGAUUGAAGAUAAUCAAAGCUGUAGAAGAAGAAAGAGAAUCACUGUCUGCACAUUUAUUUCAGAGUGUUUUAAUGAAAAAGCCAAGCCCUGAACAAAAGGAAGAAGUAGACGAUGAGGAAGAUGAAGAGAAAUCAAUAAAUCGCAUUCUUGCUGGAAGUACUGCAAAAGAAUUUGGCGGAUCAACUGAGCAAAAUUACAGCCAAAUGGAAUUGUAUACAAGAAUGCAAAAAGUUUAUCAAAUAGUAUUGACUAAAAAAGCAAUUCAUCAAAUGAAAGAAUGUUUCAAUAAAGAAUUUAAUGAAGUUUAUGAAAAGAAAGCAGACCAAUUAGCAUUAAUUCGAAGUAAAUUAAGUAGAAUACGUAAAAUCCACACGGAUCUUCAACAGACCAGUGCACUUAAACAUCUUAUUGAUCCAAAAUUUGACCAAGAUGAAGAACCGGAACAACUGUUGACUGUUACAGAUUCUGAAAUAAAAGUUGAAAAAUACCUGUCACCAGAACAGCUAGCUGAAAUUGAAGCUAGACGAUUAGCUGAAGAAGAAAGACGCAGAAGGGAGAAGUUGGAUAAUUGGCGAGAAAGAGGUUUAGAAGAUAUGAUGGGUGGUGUAUUAGAAAUAAAAAAAGAAGAUCAACUCAAAAAGGAUAUACCUAAACCAGCUUUCUUAUUAACUGGUAAACCAAUAGCUCAUUGGACAGAUGAUGAUAAACGUAUGUAUGCUGAAUACGAGCGUAAAGUGAAAGAGUUGAAUGAAGAAAGAGAAAAAUACAAGAAGUUUUUAGAAGGUGAAUUGAAGAAAAUUUACGGGCAAAUCGAUGAAAUAAAAACAAAAUUUGAUGAACAACUUACUUCUUUAUUUAAUAAAUGGAUUUCUUUUCAAGUAGCUCUUUUACAAGAAGAAUUAAAAGUAUGGAGAUUAAAAUGGAUGCUAAUUACAGAAGAAGAGUUAAUCACUAGAGAAUAUGAACUUAGAGAAUCUAUUGAAGAAUUGAGUAAACAACAAGUACAAAUUACAGAGAAUUUAGAAGCAGCAAAAGCAAUAUUAGAACAAGUUCAAGAAGAACAAGAAAUUCUCUAUGCUGAAGAUAAAAUAAUGGAGAAAAAUCUUCGUAAAGAAUUUUCUGAUAUACAUGGACCAUUGUAUGAAUUUAUUGCAAAAGCUUAUAAAAAGCGUCCAAAGCGUAAUAUUUUAAGUCAUUCAGGAAAACAAACUGAUCGUGGUAAACAUGAAACACGACAUUCUACACUGCAUAACCCGUACAUAGAAAAGAUAUGGCAAUCAUCUCAAUCAAUAAAAUUGAAUAAUUUAGCUGAAGGAGUAGAUGAACUAGAUAAUGAUCCAUCACAUGAACAACAACCUGGAUGUGAUAGUGCAUUAUGGAAUAGGCUAUGCGCAUCACGACGUCGUAAGAUUUACAAAGAAAUGGAAAUUAAAACGUGUGCUCAAAAAUUAAAUGAUAUUACAACCUUUGUUCAUAGACGUGAACAUGAUUUGCACUCAGUGAACACAUUAAUAGAAACAAAAAAUAAGCAAUUAACUGAUCUCAUUGAAGAAUAUCAUCGGAAUCAAACAGACUUAGAAUUACAAUUGCUAGUGAAACAAGGUUUUGUUGAAGUAAACAUUAACCCGACUACACUACUUCAUGAUUAUGAUGAUGCAUUACUUGUACAAAGAGAACAAGUUGAAGAAUUAAAUAAACAGAUUAUCGCUUUGGGUGAAUCAAAAGUUUUGCAUAUGACUAAAAGUAAAGACUUUAAAAGACGAUUUUAUCAUCUUGAAUGGGAAUUACGUGAAAUGUUAAUGCAUUAUGAAGAUUUACAAAAUAAACUAUGUGAUAUAAAAAGAUUUAAAAUAACAAGUGAAAUACAGAAAUAUCUUCAUUCAAACGAUUAUGAUGCUUUGAUUAGCACUCAGAUUGCAAAUACAGAACAUACUAUACAAAUGUUACGAGAAAAUCAUGAGAAAGCAAUGAAUCAGAAGCUUGCUCGUCUUCGACGAUAUGAAGUACAACAAAGUGAAAAACUUAAAAAGGAGAAUGAAAAAGCUAAAAAAGAUAUUGAAGAAUUAAAUAUUGCCUUACACGAAACAAAAUUCAUUCAUGAACAAAGUUACGGAAAAACUGACAAAUCGAGUAGUCCACAUUUUCGGCAUAAAAUGUUAAUUCAAUAUCAAAAUAUUCUCCGUAAAAUAAAAGAACAAUCGAAUGAAUUAAAAGUAUUACGAUCUGAAGUGGCUAUUUUACGUCAGCAUAAAACGAAUGUAUUUUAA